UUGAAUAUGAUUAACUUCAAUUUAAUUAAAUGUUUAAAUAAAAAUGAAUAUAAAUUUCUAUUUAUAUAUUUACUGUCUAUGAAACCAUGUUUUUUCGUUGUUUAUUUUUUACUAAACAAUUAUCAUGACUAUACUAUUUUCAUUAUCAAUCAUUACAUUAAAUUGUUUAAAGGACAAAUUUAACCUCUAAAAUACCUAAAUGAAAAUGACUAUGGUAUUCUUUUAUUUUGCUUAUGGCAGUAAUUUACUAGCUGAACGUAUUCAUUUAAAUAAUCCUUCUGCAAUUAGAGAAGGGAGUGGUAAACUAAAUGGAUAUCGUUUAGACUUUAAUGGACCCAAAUCUAAUUUUUGGAAAGGUAGUCCUGCGACUGUCGUGCCAGACACUGAUGAAUAUGUCUGGGGUUCUGUAUGGAAAUUGAAUAUAAGUGACCUUCAAAACUUGGAUAAACAAGAAGGAGUCCCACAGAAACUAUACAUACCUUUUGAAACAAACAUUGAAUUAUCAAUUGGCCAGACUAUUUUAUGUCGUUCAUAUAUGCUUAAUAACCUACCUCAAAAAGAAACAAUAUUGCCACCAGAAAGGCGACCCUCUGAAGCAUAUUUGGAAACUAUUCUUUUAGGUGCUAAAGAAAGUAAUUUGCCUUCAGAAUAUAUAGAAAAAUUAAAGUUAAUACCUCAUAAUAACUGUAGAGGUCCAAUAAUGCCAUGGUCUUCACUUAAAAUAAAUGAUGACAAAGAAUUAUAGUUUAUUAAAGUUUUUUAAAAGUAAUUAUGAUGAAGUAAUAUUUAAAUAGAAAAAUAAACAUAAAAUUCAUAUUUUUUACAUAUUGUUAUUGAAAGAUCUAAAAUUCUUUUAUUAAUAAAGUUUAGAACCAUGA